ACCUUCUGCCGCUGUGCUGUGGAUCCGUCGGUUUGACAAGGUGGAAAAACUUGGUGCCAGUCCGAUUGUCAUUUUGUGAUGAUGUUUGGGCAUGUACCCGUUCCCCCUGCUGAUACACAUCGAUAGAAAUGAGUGAAAACAAUGCCCGGAUCGAGAUGGACCUGGCUUUUGGAUCAGCAAAGCCCUAUGGGUCCUCCCGAAGUAUCGUGAGGAGAAUAGCCACAAAUCUUCCCAUUAAACCCUGCCCUCGGGUUCAUUUUCAGCUUUUUCCGUACACUGAGGACACUGGUGUCCUCAUCAGCACCAGCAGGCAGAGCGGCCUGGUGGCCUCUCUCGCCGAUGUCGCCUGGAUCGACAGGGAUGAGGACGACGAUGACGCUGAUGAAGGCUUGUUUGGCAGAGCGAGCUCCAGGAUUCCGCCUGGACUCAUGUUCCGUACACAGACUCAUUCUCAGAGAAAACCUGCAACACGGCGGAGGUCGCUGCCCAGUCUGCAUCAGGUGGAGCCAGAUCCACAGGGGCCGACGACGGCCAACGAGGAGGCCAUUCAGAAGAUCAGCGCGCUGGAGACUGAACUUGCAAAACUCCGUGCUCAGAUAGCACAAAUCGUCCUGGCUCAGGAACAGAAUGCACAACCAGGGGCGCCUCCGCCUCCCCCUCCACCCGCUGGCAUCCCGCCCCCUCCCCCGCCGCCGCCUCCCCCUCCCCCGCUGCCGCCACCUCCGGCUCUGCAGCGGACAUUUUCAGCCAUUGAUUUGAUCAAAGAGCGCAAAGGGAGAAAGGCCGAGGGUCAGACUGUCCUGGAGCCGAGGCCGGCUGAGAUUCCCAACAUGCUCGAUGUCCUGAAGGACAUGGGCAAAGUCAAACUGCGAUCAGUGAAGAGUCGUCCUUUGGAAGAUGAUGCCAAAGUGAAAUCCAAAGAUCCGGCAGACGCUGCAGCUCUCAUCGCUGAAGCCCUGAAACGCAAGUUUGCUCACCGCUAUCGGCACAACAGCGAACAGGAGGACAAGGAGGACUUCACGCUUCCCGAGCCACAAGUCAAACCAGCGACUGAGACCCCUCUGUUCGGGCAGCACAUGUUGAAGACAACUGGGAAGAGAAAGUUGCUGUGAGCUGGUGAAUUCGCUCUCGAGGUCAAGAUGGCCGGCAGACGCUCUAAAGUGCCUUUUUGACUCGUUGGUGUGGAGAAACAAAGGGAUGUUCGCCUGAUUUGGAACCGGCUGCCCCAAUUAUCGGUCAUCUCAUAGCAUUUCCCGUGGCGAUCCCGCUGCCCGUCUGUUUUUGCACUUUCAUAACUUAUGUCAGCUUUCUGUUUUAUGUGCAUGAGUUUUUAUUUUGUCUCGGCCAGCGUCUACGGUUUAUAUGUGUGAUUUAAAACUGACCACAGUCCUGAUGAACACUACGUUAUUUAAAGUUGUGAGUUCGUUCAAUCAUUAGUUGGGAGUUUAACCUGUGGCGUUUAGUGUCAUUCAUCUGUUCUGCAUUCCAUUUUUUUUUUUUUUUUUUUAAGUGUUUAAAGCUGAAGACUUUCUGAAGAAAGGAGCACUUUCUGACACGUGGACCAUUGAGCUGCAUUGUUUAGACUCGGAGACCAAUAAUGAUUGGGACCCUUCUAUUUAUGUUGUUUAUGUGGAAGAUUUAGUUUUAACAGAGUUAAUUAUUAUUAAUUUUUUUGUCAUUGUUUCUACAAUAUUUUAUCUGUUGAGCCUCAGAGACCUGUCCCAGAUCUUGCCAUUUUCUCCAUUUGCCUGUUUUGUCUUUUUUUUUCUGGUUAAAAAAAAGACGCAUCCAAGUGUUAUUGAUGAAUCAUGUCCUCAUGUAUGGUUCACUUUUAAAAGCCAAAGACGUUCCACUAAUAUUCUGCAACUAUGACUCUACAUCGGUACAGGGGCGAUGUUUUUAUUUUCAGUGCCUACCUCGGUUUCCUUCUGUUGAAGAAACACUUGUGCAGCAUCAGUCGGUUAAGAAGUCACGCUGCAUUAACAGGCAUAAUGGGUCCUAAGGUACCCAGAGGAAUCCUUCCCCAAAGGAGUAAAACUCAUGCUUUGAGCCAGUACUCUUCACAGUGUGGAUUAGUCAUAAAGUUGAAGGCAAUAUUUAGGUUUGAGCGGUCGACUGCACCUUUGUUGCCAUUUCCGUCAGCGUGGUUGCCGCUUCGAGUUAACUGUGUUACCCGUUUUUUGAGGGAAGGUGGACUGGGUGUGUCAGUAGUCUUUCAAAUUUAGUUUUUAGACUUGUUUUACACAAAUAACUUGAAAUGUCAAAUCUUUCAAUAAAAGUUUCUUUCCUCUCUUGGA